AUGGGGAGUGCCUGUUCCCAUGGCGAGGAUGCCAGGCAUCAUCGCGAGAACCGCAAGAAUCGGAUCAACCCCACCGAGACCUACGACAAGUGGCAGCAGAAGAUGUUGCUGGACAUCGGCGCCGACCCGCUUGCCGUCAUCCGAGAUUUCCCACGCAUGACGGUGUUUGUGCACACGACGGCGUGCUGCAACUGCAUGCCGGAUUGCUACAGCCCAAUCAGUGAUAGCGAGGCCGCGGCGUCGAGCAGAAAGCUGCAGCAGCAGGAGCAGCCGCGACGGAACUCACCUUUGAACCCGCUUGCCCCUCGGAACAGAAGCCAGCCACAUUCUUGCUUAGAUGCCGAUGCCGCUGGUGCCGCGGAUAUGGACGGAGAAUCAAAGCAGCAGCAGUGCCGCCGCAGGCGUAUGGAGAAGGCCAGCGGUCCAGCGCUGCGCGUAGACGCAUCCACCGGCGCUAGCGCCAACGCUGAUGCCGGUGACUCAUGGGUCUCACCGACGGCGUCGCCGUUACUGGCGCCUCGCCCCCCUCCCAACGUGAUGGCUCGCGGCUGUGCAGGGGCUCAGCGUUCUGGCCUCCAAGAACCGUCCUGUGACGAUGACGCUUUCACUGCUCGCAUGCAGCGUGUGCGAGACGCGGUGUUGCUGUUGUCGGAGCUCUGCAACGAGCGUGCGACGUUCGGUGACUCCUUCGAGAGCGCAUGGGACCGCCUCGUCGUGCACGGCAACUUUGGUGGCCGCGCCAACAACCUGUACAGCAACGCGGCCGGUGAGUCCGCCCCCGGGGCGACGCAAGAUGGCCGCCAGCUGCCCUCUUCCAAAAAGUUUCGGAAUCAGCCCAUCACGCUUGACGUGCAUCAAGUCCUGUUAAACGCCUGUUUGGACAGCGGCAUGCUGAUGCUCUUGGACGACGUCAACUCGGCUGCGGCUCUCGCGUCCCCGCCGCACGGCGCCGCCCAGCCACGGAUCAUCGGGAGCGCGCCGGCGCCUUUGUCGUUGCAGCCUGGUGCACCACCUGGGCUGGUGAACUGCGCCUCGCCGCCAGACACUUCGAGCGCAUCUGGGCUGCAGUUGCAUCGGGCAAACACGGCAACUGCGCUCACUGCUGACGGAGCAACUGGAUCAAAGUGCGCCACUGUCAACAGCGACAGCCAGCAGCAGCGGAACCGAGAGUCUGCUGCCGCCAGCACGUCCAGCGCCCCCGCAUCUAUGAUGCGUACCGCUCGAAUCUCCCCCCAGACCACCGCCGCCCUCGGUGCGACGUCGAGCCGCUACGUCGUGCGCAGCGCCACCUUCCAUCUCAUGCAGUUCGCUACACAGGGGGUAAUGUUCUUUCCGGUGCAGCGGCUUAAGCACGUUCUGUGGAUGCCGUGGUCCUCGCACAUGCAAGACAGGGCGUGGACGAUCCACUUCCACGUAAAGGAUGCGACACCGGAGGACUUGAUCACGCGCAGGCAACGCCAUCUCAAGGCGCUGUGCGACACCUCAACGUCCGGUCUGUUGCCGAACGCAGACUCAGCGGCGGUGUUGGCGGCGGCAGGGGCGGAUGGUCACCGAGACUCACUCUCGACGGCUCUGCCAACAACGACUGUCACCACCGACGCAGACAGGUGGAAACUGCCUGCUAUUUCCGGCGCCGAUGCGAGCGCGGCCGGAUGGCACAAUACCUGUGGAGCAGGCGUCAGUGACGGCGUGCACAAGGGCAAGAUCAUCGUGAUCCACCACUUUCAGACGGGACGGCACCACGUCGAGGACAGCGAGCGCAAGAUAACACCGGUGUAUGAGCUGGACUGGGCAUGCAGCAUUCGGGUCGACCAAGACACCUUGCUGAAGGCGUUUUCGCCGUACCAGGGGUACGCCGUCGCUGCGAAGGAUGCGGCAGCGCCUUCGCCGUCGGUCCCUCCUUUGCCGUCGUGCAACCCGUCUAUGCUGCAGGAGAUGACGAGUGAGGCUGCCUCUUUGGUCUCACAUCCGCGCCAGCACCUGUGCGACGACGACGAUCACGAGACUGUGACCGUGGACGCGUCGCCGUCAGUCACGACGUCAGACAACGUCUCUGAAGCUGCCUUCCCACGCAGGCCGGUGGUGGUGCCAGCCGCUACGCAUCACCCGGAGCUAAUCGCCUUGGACGUGGGCGUGCUCACGGCACAGCAGCCGCAACUGCUGCGGUGCGAGGUGUUGCGUGCCUCUGUAGAGGUUGUCGCCGCCCGGAUGGCGAAGCCGCCUCUCACGUUCUGCAUGGUUUCCUCCACGUGGCGCAAGCGCAAGGAGGAGCUUGACUACGUGUUGAAGCAACAGUACAACGUGCAACUAAUUGAGGUGAAUGAGCUGCCCAAGAAGCUGCCGUAUUAG